CAUCACCGCUCGUACUCUGGCGCGACGACGUCGAGGGGGGCGACUGCGACGCAGAGCUCGACAGCGUAGUGCAGCGCGUAAGGGAGGGGGUGGACUCCGUCGCCUCCCACUUUCCUGGCGCGCGGGCGCGCACGAGGCUGCGCGCGGCUUCGAUGGCCGCGUCCACGCGCGGGAUGGGAUGGCGGAGGGCGGCGGCGGCGGCGAACAGGCCUUCGCUGACACACCCGUAGCUCGGGAGCCGGGACAGCGGGUCGCCGUCGUACCGCGCCCAGCUGGUGGGGAGGAUGUGGAGGCUCUCCAUGCGAUGCAGGGACGUGAGGUCGUCCCGGAACAAGCCUGGCGUCAGUGCUGUCGCGCAGAGACGUACCGAUGGACUCGUCGAGGCUCGCUUGGACUGCAGCGAGGUGGGCUUGCAUGUACGUUGCGUUGGGGAGGGCGGUGGCCAGUGUGUUCGACGCCGCGCGCAGCCGGUCGCGAGAGGACAGCAGGGCGUGCCAUGCCGCCACGAGGGUGGUGCGCGGCAGCGUGCCCCCGCGCCAGAUGAAAGCCGUGAAGAAAAGACGGGGAGUGUGCGUGUGCGGCGCGCCGCGCCGCCGUGUUACGGUGUACUGCACAGUUGCGGAAACGCGGUGUUCCAGGCUUUGAUACCACUUCGCUGUGGGAGGGAGGGCGGAGACAAACGCGUUGGAGGCGGAUGGGUUCAUUGGGGCGAGGGGAGAGGCGAUGUCCGAUGCAAGAGACUUGAGAUGACAGAUGGGGUGGAGAUGAAGAAAGAGAGGAGAUAUAGGCUGCGGAGGACCAGCAGCUUGGUAUGUAUGUGGAUGGAGACCAGUGGGAAUUGGGCGAGGAGAGUGGUUGCAAUGAGAUCUGAUGAAGACUGGAACUGGAAUGAAUGGAACUGCAGAGAUGAGAUGGUGGGAAGAGCACGUAUGUUGUGUGCAGGGCGUCAAGCUCGACUCGGUCGCCGGCAGCGGCUUGCGUCGGCGCGACGUGAGCUCAGGCCUGCGGGCUGGAGGCAAGCAUGGAUUCAAAGCCUCGGGCUACGCAGUUUGUGCUGAAUGCUCGAGUGAAUUGUGUGUCAGUCGCGUGCGGAUCAUGUGCGUCAUUACCUCAUUCACUGUUCCUGCAGAUCUCGGUAUGUGCGCCGCCUCAACGGGUAAAGCGGCUAUGUAGUUGUUGUUGAGCGGGGCGGAGAGAUCAGCGUGAUGUCGGGUGUGGCGGGUGGCACAAGGAG